UUUGUGCAGAUGGGUAGUUACCAGAUAGCAAGGAGGAGGAAUGCAGCUAUGCUGGUGGCCGUCUGCUGCUGCCAGUGUCACAGCCCACAGGAAAAACCCACAAACACUCGGAGUUUUGUGCAAUAACAUGCACCAACAGCUCCACUUCUAAACAGCCCUGCACGGCUCUACAAGGCGCACGGCUCUGUGCCUGCAAAGCACAGGGCAGAGGCCACUGAGGAGGGAGGCUGCUGCAGCUACUGCCGUCUGGAUGGCUCUGUGGGGCAGACAGUGCAGCCUCAGCUCCCUUGAAGCAUGAAACCACUGGUUCAGCUGCAGAAAACUGCCCAGGAGGUGCACUGAGAUUGUGCAGUGAGGAGUCCUGCGUCUGCUCCAGGGCUGCACACCUUUCAGAGCAAUGCUGCUCGGCUCGCAGGCCAGCACAGCAAGGCUCAAGUCUGACACCUAUCUGGUAAAACUCCUGGAACGGCUCAGUAGCCUUCGCUCGCAGAGCGUGCUGUGUGAUGUGACGCUGGAGGCAGAAGGGGUUUGCUUUCCAGCCCAUAAGAUCAUUUUAGCAUCAGCAAGUAAUUAUUGCAAGAUCCUGUUUGUCGGAAACUUGGAAGCAGGGAGCCCGGAUGGUAACAUCCGGCUGGAAGCCGUCAGUGCUGCCGGGCUGAGGAACGUUCUCGACUUCAUUUACUCCAACAAACUAGACCUCUCAUUAGAGAACAUUGAGGAGACCUUCAAAGCUGCAGAAACCCUCCUGGUUCGGGAGGUGCUCAAGCUGUGCUUUCGCUUUCUGGAGGGCUGCUUGAACCGUGAGAACUGCAUGGAUGUUCUUAACAUUGCUAAAAAACUCGGCCCAGCAGAGCUGAGGCAGAAAGCCAUGUGCUACGUAGGGCAGCAUUACAAACAGAUCUUGGCUGAUCCUCAGUGCUUGAAAGACCUGGACCAAGGAACCCUUUGUGAAAUUUUAGACAGGACCAACAUCGAGGGCUGCAGUGAGCUGGAGCUGUUCAGAGCCACUGUUAGCUGGCUGCAGCAUGACCACACACGGCUGAAAGAUGCAGCAGAUAUUUUAAGGCGCGUAAGAUUCCCUCUCAUUCCUUUAUGGGAUCUGCAGAGAUAUGUCCAGGAAACGCCUCUGAUGAGGCUGGAUUCAAGCUGCCACAGGUACCUGCAGGAGGCUCUGAAUUACCACUCCCAGCUGUACGCACAGCCAGUCCUGCAGAACCAGAGCACGGGCCUCCGCUCCAGUUCCACCAUGCUGCUUGUCGCUGGUGGCAGAACCACCGACAACUGCAUGUGCGGAGAGAUGUGGGCUGCAGACCAGAGCUGCAGCACCUGGCACAAGGUCGGGGACCUCUGCGUGCCAGUGUACAACCACUGUGUCACCAUCAUCAAUGACUUCCUCUUUGUCAUCGGAGGACAGUAUAAAUUUGAUCCCAUGGGAAAGCAGCCAUCAAACGAGGUUUUCCGAUUUGAUCCCCGAAACACUUCCUGGCUCCAGGUCGCAAGCAUGCUGGAGAGGCGGACACGCUUCCACGCGGAUGUGCUGUCUGACUGCAUCUUCGCCGUGGGUGGUGGGACACUGCUGGGGACCCUCACUCGCACCGUGGAAUUGUACCAGCCCACUGACAACAAGUGGGAGUUCGCAGCUCCUUUCCCCACGCCUAUUGCUGAUCAUGCAGGCACAACCCACAAGGGAAUCCUCUAUAUUUCAGGGGGCUUCUCUGGGGGCAAAACCUUACGAGACACUUACAGCUACCUCCCUCGCCUCCGACGCUGGAUUGGCAACAGUGCCAUGGCUUUCACCCGCUGCGAUCACGGGAUGGCUACAGUCAGGGACAGGAUCUUUUGUGUUGGAGGAAGGACACUAAAAGGAGCAGAAGAAUGGAUUCACGUCACCGAGACAGAGUAUUAUUGUCCUGGAAGCAAUCAGUGGACAACGCUAACGCUAUCCCCAUUCAACUGCUGCCAGUUCAGCAUCACAGCCCAUGAGUCUAUGCUCUACCUCGCAGGAGGUGGGUCGCUGCAGCACAUGCAGAAAGGAGACAGUGUGUUCCUGUAUGACACAGAGCAGCAGGUAUGGAAGAAAGCCAGUCCCCUGCCUAAAGCUCUGGUGGAUCAUGCCUCUUGCAUGAUUAAGCUGUCCCAAGUGAAUGCACUUGGUGAGAAGGGGAGAGGCACAAAGUGCUCCCCCGCAGGCAGAAGGAAGAAAUCUACCCUCAGCUUGUUCAUCACAAGGAAACAAGAGUCCCACUCUGCCUCAGAAGAAGUAGGAUGUGAAUAUGUCAAGCAGAUCUGACACUGUUUGCCAAGACAUUAGUAUUUUAACAACUCUUCUAGUUGUCAGCCAAGCAUCUUUUGCAGUGAUUUGGAAUUGGUAUGUUUCUGACUUGAUGCGAUCAUGGUGACAUGCAUAAUUUGCAAAAAAAAAGAAUUAGUUCCCAAUCCUACUAAGCUGCAUUAAACCUAUAAGAAUUCCUUAAAUCAAUUUUUUGCCAUUCAGAACCUCUUUUUCUAAAUAAUAACCUAUGUAGAACUUAUUUUUAAUGAGCAACUUCAAAGAUUUUAUGAGGAAAUCUCCAAAAGAUCUUUGAAUUCUAUCUCUAAUAAUUUCCUUACAAACAUUGCAGGCUGACAAAUUAAGUACUCACAGAGACAAAUAUACACAAUGUAUUUAAGACUGUCUUGCCACUAGUUUAAGAGCAUAGGGCACUGUGAUGACAACCUUGUCGUCAACAAGCAGAGCUUCCUUCAGUGAACGUGCAGUGAACCUGCAACUGGUUGAGCCAGAGCGUGGGUAAACUUUUAGAAAAGAAGCACGUA